UUUAACCAGAGCUAAAAUGAAUCGCGAGACUGAGUUUAUGGUGUAACAUUAAAUAAAAUCUAAUAUACGACGUCUUUAGUGCCUACUGAAAAAACAACUCGCGAGACUUUUCCAGUGUGGUUUGUAGACACACAGAGAUGAACUCGACUAUAGUUAGUAAAUAAAAUGAGCGCACUAUGAGAGACGUUACAUUCUUUUAGUUUUACAAGUGGAACGCACAUGAACGCCUCCACUCCAUUACGAGUGGGGAAAUUCGGGAAUUUCUCUAAUCCGGAGUUUCCGAGUUUAGGGACGUGUCUGUAAGAAAGCAUAGCGGAAUCAUUAGUCUGUAGUUGACUGUAAAUUUAUUGAAAUUGAAUGUUUAUUCGCAUUAGAAGCUGAUUUCAGUUAUUAUGUGUUUGGUAUAUACAGCAAGUUACUGAAAUACAAGCAAAUUGCUGCUGCAAUGGUCCUUUCUAAAGGAUCCAUUCUAAACUCCGCCUUCCAGAGAGCAUACUCUGCUCUGAUUGGUCAGACGUCCCAGUCUGUUGUGAUUGGUCUACCGCUGUCAGCGUGUGGCCAAAAAAAGACUGAUUUGUUGCGGCUUUUUCUAAAAUUUGCUAUGCAAAUUGUGGAGAAUUGGUAAAAUUGCAGUUGCACGAAAUUGUUUUGCACAGUCUUUUGCAGACAUGUUUGUUGGUAAACAAGACCUAUUAGCUGUACUCCUGCUUGUGAAUCAAAGAGGGCUUUGGCUGCAUGCAUGUUGUGACGAUGUCACAUGACCUGACAUGACCUCACAUGACCUGACAUGGCCCAAAUCUGUGGAAAAUCCUGGAGGGACUGACUGUUUCAUUCACUAAAUACAUUCAUUUAAAAAAAAAUUCUAGAGACAAGUUUUAGGAUUAUGAUUUAUUAAAGUUGACAUGUCCAAUCCACAAAGUGAGGGUCUGGUGAAUUUAUUUUCCAGAAAGACAUUUCAGUUGGUGCAGGCUAGUUUUGAGAGCGUUGUCAUGGAUGAGGAUAGGAAUGUUAUUUGGGAAAAAAAUCUUUUUGCAUAGGUGUAUGAAGUACUUUUUAAUCUUAAAAAUAGCUAUGAUGGCCAACACCAAAUAGUCAAUUUUUUCCCCCAAUUUUUACUCCUUACUUGUACAAAUAACCUAAAAGAUAUGUAGAACAUGUAUUAAAAACACUGGAUUAAGCCAUGGCCUUAGUGAAAGUGAAUAAAGUUGCUGAGAAAACCUUUUGGAAAACUGAGUUCCAGUUUGGAAGACUUCUUUCUGUUUGGAUGCACCUCUUGUCUGUCAUUUUAUAGACACUCUGUGGGUUCCCAUAAGAUCUUUGGGGCAGAGCUUAAUGACUAUCGGUGGGAAUAAGCCCAAGGAGAAAAAAAAACAUUCAAAUGUUGAACCCAUCUAACCAGAUUGGAAAAAAACUUGCCUAAUGCACCUUUAAAUCUUCAUGCCCAUUUUAAUAAAGAUGAACAAACAUCAUCCAGAAUUCCUGAUGCCCAUGUUGACUUCUCCAAAUAUAAUUCCAACAAAUCAUAUCCUGGUUUUCCCAGCCCAUUCUUCAGUCUUUUUUUGAGUUUUUCUGGGAAUUCCGUAUCCCAGUUUUUAGUCUUCUACCCUCUACCCUGUCAUACAACUGAUAGAGCUUGUAGAAUUACUUCCUCUUACCUUCUCAUGAGGUGGAGUCUUCGUGCCGCUGGGCUCGAGAACCCUUGAAGUCCUUUCUCUUUCUCUGAAGAAGUUUGUAACUAAGGAAUUCACUCUUGAAGUAAGGUAUAUGAAUCGUCCUUUAUAUGGACUUCGGUUUAUUAAAGAAUAAAAGGAUUACAAAUAUCUUAACUCAGAAUAUAAAGAAAAAUAAAGAACAACUGUAUACUACGCAGAGUCUGAUAAUGGUUUUCUUUUUAGAAGAAAUUAAAACGAGUAAGUCUUCACCCGUGGAAAUGGCAUCUAAACACUUGCCUUGCCUCGAUAUUUAUACAUUUUUUGAGUGUGGCCCUGUGCGCUAGUGUCCAGGCUAGCGCACAAAACCAUGCCUUCUUUAAGGUCACAGAAUGGGGUUACAUGUUCUGACCUUCACGUUACCUGUAGAGAAACAUGAUGCAUGUCCUUAUUUGGGCUUAACAGAGAGACACAAUGGACUGGGGAACUUGGUAUAGAGCUCUAAUUUUUAAGCUGUGUGCAGAAAACCGGAUGUAUGCUUUUACUCGGACCAUGUCAGUUUUAUUUCUAGGUGCCCUGGCGCCUUUUCUAAUUCAUCUAUGUGUGUGUGCAGAAAACAGAAGAUAUGCUUUACUUGGUCCGUUUCAGUUUUAUUUCUAAACGCCCUAGCGCCUUUUCUAAUUCAUCUAUGUGUCUAAUAAAGGCAGAGGGUCUGGGUUCUGUAUUACAAUCACGAGCGGCUCUUUUUAUUUCUUCUGUGUAUCUUUGCCCAUAUCUCUGAUUUUAGUUGCCUAAUGCCUUCGGCUCUCUUGUAUCUAGCACAAUCCUUCAAUCUCUCAGCUUCAGCUCUCAUUUGAUUCAAAACACCUAAUAUGCUAUCACAUUCUUUCUCUAAACGUUCAUGUUUUAAUAUCAGCUUUUCAGUUCUUUUCACAUCCAGCGUGUCAAGUUGUAAAUCUCGCAGGUCUUGCUGGAGGAGCAGAACAUCAGGAACAGCUUUCUUAGUGGCCCCUGAACCAGAAGAUUUUCCAGUCCGUCUUCGUAGCUAGGGUAACUUUCUUGGACAGUAGUGAUCUAGGACAGAGGACCACCUAGAGCCUAUCUGGUGUCUAAUAUUUACAGUUGAAGAUGUUGCGCUACAUGAUCAUCUGCUCUACACUUCUCAUGACUGCCGUAACGGUCCGAGCACAAUGUGAGAGACCUGAUGUUGGGGAAAACCGGAUUUUGACUGAAGACCACCAGACUUUUCCUGAUGGAUCCACUGUAACGUUCAAAUGUUCCACUGGUUAUAUUCCUGUGGAAUCAUCAGCUUCCAGAUCAAUCACCUGUACUGGAACCCAGUGGAGCGACCUCGAACUUCAAUGCAAAAAAAGACCCUGUGGAAGUCCUGGCGAGAUUACCAAUGGAAAGUAUAUAUAUCAACCUACAGACGGAAUUUCGUUUGGUGCAACCAUCACAGCAGAGUGUAAUGAAGGUUAUAUGCUUGUUGGAACACAAACAAGAAAUUGCAGAGAAAAUGGUUGGGAUGGGAGAGCUCCUAUAUGUGAAGUGACGAAGUGUCCAAAGCCUACCGGUAUAACAGAUGGCACUUUUGAACCAGAGGAUGACUCAUAUGAUUAUGGUGAAGCAGUCACAUACUAUUGUAACAGAGGUCUUGAUCUUAUUGGACUUCCAGUAUCAACCUGCUCUAGUAAUGGAACUUUUCAGCCUUCUCCUCCUCGGUGUCUGCGUGUGUCCUGUGAGAGACCGGAAAUCCCAAACUCAGUUAGAACUGAAGGAAAAUCACCACCUUAUAAAUAUAACAACUUUGUCCGCUACCGGUGUAAUAAAGGCUACAGAAUGAAUGGGUCUGAUUACCUGACCUGUAAGGAAGAUGGGUGGGAUCCACCUCCUCCUCAGUGCAAUGCUAUUACAUGCUUAAAACCUCCUGAUAUAAAGAAUGGAACAUUUAACCCCCAGAAGGAGUUAUAUGAAUACAGAGAAACAGUCACAUGGUCUUGUAAUCAAGGUUUUAGACUUAUUGGAGCUUCAACAAUAUCAUGUACUGAUUAUGGAACAUUUGAGACGUCUCCCCAAUGUCUGGAUGUGAUCUGUGAUAGACCUCAAAUUGAACAUGGAUAUAUUGACAGCACAGAAAAAUAUUUUGUAUAUAAAUCAUCGGUCCGGGUCCACUGUAACCAGGGAUACAAGAUGGAAGGGUCUGAUUACCUGACCUGUGGGGAAAAUGGAUGGAAUCCACCUCCUCCACAGUGCCACUUACGUCCAGUUCCUUGGAUUAGGAUCAUUUUAAUUGUUCUAGGAGUCCUGGUUUGUGUUCUUGUUUGUGGUGGUUGCUACUGCUGGAAGAAAAAGAAAUAUAAAAAAACGAUUCAAAAUGAUUCCAAACCCGAAGACGAUACUCUAGUUCUCCACCAUUUAUAGACCAGAGGAAUCUUCACCCAAAAGCAUGUACUGACUGACUGAGACCCAUACACAUCCCAGAGUCUCUCCAUCAACCUAAUUUGAUCAAGAUUGGGAUGAGACAAAUUGAGACAAAGAAGCCAGCUUACCGGCAAGAAGGGGAGAAACAGCAAAGCUCAGUGUUCUCCUCUUGGAUUGUACAAGCGAUCACUUUUUCAUGUUGCCUUGCCUGAUCUUGCCUGUGAUCAUUUUCGUCGCAUUGAGGAAUUAUUGGAAGUUGUGGAUUAUUUUCCUUUGGGACUGAGUCACAUAACAUCAGUGCUUCUCACGAGCUCCUGGAAUGAGGCGUGUUACCGGUGAGGCCGUUCCGACACAUACACUCACCCACAUUACCCUGGACCUUUACCGACAAUUCAAACGCACUCACACAGUUUUGUACAUUGUGUAUAAUUUGCUGUUCCCUUUAUUUUCUUUAACUUUUUGUAUAAUACACUUUGGAUUUUGGCAGAGUUACUGGUAGCAAGGUUUUUCUUUCUUGAGUAUAUAUAUAUCAAACAAAACUUAAAAGGGGGGUAAAGCCAAGCUUUUUACACAUUUAUUAAUAGGUUUGAAUUGUGUGUAGUGUCAGCCAUAUGAGUCCAUGUGAAUGAGCUGUUAGUAUUAAAAAAAAAAAAAAAGCAUCCAGUAAGCAAGUGCGUUAAUAUAAACCUGUGAUUUUCCUUAACAGCUGGUACUAAGGUUAGAGCUACUGUUAUAGACAAUUAAUCAACGCCUUCUGAACUAUCCAAAUCAAGAAUUAAAUGGUCAUGUGAUUUGAUGUAAUAUACAGCUAUAUCUGCUUUAUUGUACUAGAGUGCUGCAGAGAUGACACAUUUUUGUAGGUCAGCCCAGAAGUUAGCAUCACCCUGGUUCCCUUGACAAAAAGCCAAUAUAAUUUUUCCACUGGCUUUUAGAUUAUUGCAGAAAAUAAUCUCUAUGACCAACAAAAGUUUACAAUUCUUACACGUUUUGUUCAUCAAGAUAAUCAUCACAAAUUUCAUUUGAAUCAAAUUUUAUGAAUUUUGAAGUUUAAAUAGAAUCGCCAGAAGUAAAAGUUAAAGUUAUGCUACAAACAAACUACACCACAGUCGCAUGACUUCGUCACCACCACUAAGCUUCCGACAACUUUCAAUAUUUUUUUUUUUAAAAGCACUAAAAUUGGAAAAUACUUUAAAUCGAUAAAUGUACAAGUCGGAAAGUUUGCGUUGGAAUAGUUUGCAAGAGCACGAUAUAAACAUUGUAGUACAGGCUGUAGUAGAUGAGUUUUCCUGUUUGGCUUGAUGACCUUUAAUAUCCCCAACAACCUCUGUAGUCCCAUUUAGCCACUUUUUCAAGACGCGUAAAACCAAAAAAAUCAUGAGUGGGCUAUUACAGAUGUAUUUUAUUUUGUAGAAUAUAACAUGACAACAUCUUCAGCUUGUGUUAACCAUAAAUCUUAUUUAAGGCAUUUAAACAAAAAUCCAUUUUAAAAAUCCAUUGACUUUGAGACGAUGGAACCUGAAGUGCAAAAACACGAACUUAUUUCCAGGUGUUAGGACUCGUUCCUGCUGCACUCUAUGAUAUAGUAGCAUAACAUUGACGUUGUGACCAUUGUAUGUUUGGUUACACAAGAAGUGUUUUUUUUCUUUCUUUCUUUUUCCCCCCUCUGUGAAUUCUUUUUGUAUCUACAUUCAAAGAAAGCCAAAAAUUGCUUUUACAUCACUUCAAUAUCAUCAAGCUGAUCUCAAUUGUUGAGUGUGGCAAAUAACAUUAUAUUAGAAUGAAUGACCGGAUAGAAACUUUUGUAUCGAAUGUCUGAGUGGUUCACUUCAGGACUGGGCUGUAAUUAAUAAUGAUGAAUUAUUUAAAAAGUAUUGCUUUGCUGUUACAUUGCACUAUUAAUAAAAUUUCACUGUAAAAAAAAAAAACCAAAAACAG